AUGAAGAGAAGAGGGAUUGAGGGAGAUUAUAUUAGUUUUAAUACUCUGAUUAGUGGGUAUAGUAGGAGAGGUGAUAUGAAGGAGGCUUUAAAGAUUAGGGAUGAUAUGGUAAGUAAAGGUUUUAAUCCCACAUUCCUAACCUACACUGCUCUUAUUCAAGGAUUAUGUAAAAAAAAUGAGGGACAUCAUGCAGAAAAGCUUUAUAAAGAAAUGGUUAGUAAAGGUAUUACCCCUGAUGAUAGUACCAUUAUUUCUUUGAUUGAAGGGAUGGAAAGUGUUGAUAAGUUUCUUGAAAAUGAUCUUUGA